UUCCUUAAUGCCCUGCCAUGUGACAUGUCAUCCAUGCAUUUGCUUCCAAAACUGAGACUGUGAUCCUGUGGAAAACUUCAGCUUGCAAGAUCCAAAUUCUUUUCUUCAUCACCAUGCCAAAGUCUAAAUACCAAAACCCAUGGAGAGAACGAAGCAAAGAAGAAGCAAUUGGGUGGGGUGUUCUACAAAGAAUAAACCACACCAUGGUGAUUCGCUUCCUAAAAUGCUCAACAACCUCACCACUCUCCAAAACCUACUUACCAUUUUUCUCAUCUCUACUUCUCGUAGCAUCCCAGGAGGGUAAUAAACGAAAUGGCUGUUCCAGAAGUCAAUAAGGAAUUGCUUGGGGAACUUGAAGCGAUGGGAUUCCCUGUAGCCAGAGCAACAAGGGCGCUUCAUUUUUCUGGUAAUGACAGUCUGGCAGCUGCUGUAAGUUGGAUUAUUGAUCAUGAAAAUGACCCAGACAUUGAUCAGAUGCCCUCGAUAACAGUCGACAUUGGUAUUGAGUCUCCUAAACCAUUUCAGAUUUCUGAAGAAAUGAAGAAAAAGGCACAAGAAUUAAGAAAUCGAGCACGCAGAAGGCAAGAAGAAGAAGAAAAGAAACGGGAAAGAGAAAGGGAGAAGAAUAGGAUUCGGGCUGGAAAGGAACUCCUUGAAGCAAAACGAAUUGAUGAAGAAAAUGAACGAAAACGUAUGUUAGCCUAUUGGGAAUCAGAGAAAGAGGAACAGAAAAGAGCAAGGGAGAAACUUCUCAAGAAAUUAAUGGAAGACAAGGCUGAAAGAAGAAGCAAGCUUGGAUUGCCACCUGAAAACCCUGCUAGUGUAAAAACUUCCUUGCCUGUUGUACUGGAAAAGAACUCAUUGUUCACUAAACUUGAUACAAAGGCAGAGCCCUUGAGAGAAUGUUUAAGGUUUCUCAAAAAAAGUCACAAGAAUGAUGAUGCCAGAGUGAAAAGGGCCUUCCAAACUCUUCUGAUUUAUAUCAGAAAUGUUGCUAAGCAUCCUGAUGAGGAAAAGUUCCGGAAGAUCCGAUUUAGUAACCCAGCCUUCCAGGAAAGGGUUGGGAGUUUGACAGGAGGUAUUGAGUUUCUCGAGCUUUGUGGGUUUGAGAGAACUGAAGAUGGUGAAUUCUUAUUUCUACCUCAGGAGAAGGUUGACAUGGCAGUCUUGAAUUCAGCUGGAUCUGUGUUGAACUCUGCAAUGACAAACCCCUUCUUUGGAGUUUUUUCAAGUUGAAAAGAAUGAAAAGUUCCAAGAAAAAAUUUGGCUAUGGAUGAAAUAACGAACAACAUAGGAAGAAAAUAUACAUGUUCAACCACUAUAGGUUGCCAUGGUCUCAUGCCUUAUGCUGGCUGUAUGUAGUGUAGGGAUAUUAAAUUGUACAAAACAUAAUAUAUGGCUUGGAAUUAAUACGAAUAGAAGCUCUAUUUUAUACUAA